AUGUCUCCCCCGGAGCUACUCGCUAAACCCGACGACCAGCUUGCUUCUACUGAACCAGCUGCCCCGCCCCCGCAGCCGUCUCCUCAACCCAACGAUCCUGUCUCCAACGCCGACCAUGCCGAUCCCAAAGCCCCCGAUGCCGUAGCAACUGCUGCGGAGACCGACGCCCAUGUCGAGGACGAUGCGCCCAAGCUCGAGCCGCAUGGCGAGUCGCCUGGCGAGUCGGCUGGAGGUGGGACCAAGGCCUCGGGCGCGUCCUCUGAGCCUCCAGCAGCUCAGCUGAAUGCCUUUACCUUGGAUUCCGCCUCCCCCCCUUCUCAAUCCACCGACAGGGUGCGCUCCCCACCCCCGCCUCCUCCUCCUGCAAAGGACGAGAAGUACCUCGUACCCAAAAACAACUUCCCCUCGGCUCCUGAGUCGCCUAUAUCCCCCGGCUUCCCGCCGCAGGACUACGAGGCGUCUGCUUUCAACGAGAAAGAGGACGCCACUGCUUUCGAGGAGAAGGACGACGCUGCAGACAAUACAAUCUCCACGGGCGCAACCGAAGACUCGAGGUCUGAAAUACAAAGUAUCAUGGACCAGUUUGGCGAUGGCGGCGAAGGGCCAGGCAUGGACGAGAUCAUGUCUCCCAGAUUGGAGAGGGCAAAUCCGAUAUUCACCAAUCAGCCGCCCCAGGCUUUUCCACCUCGGAGGUCGAGUCUGCUACCGCCUGAAGCCAGUACCUUGCAUGUUCCGCAGCACACCGAGGCUCCACCCUUAUCUCCUGUUAUCCAGUCUCCGUUGCCUCCCGGAAUGUCAUCCAACACCUCAUUACCCAGCCCUGCUGCCACCGAUCAGGCUCCUGCUCCAAGCCCCGCUCCGUCGCAUCCUCAUUCCAUAUACAAACCCCCGCCCCCGGAGCCUGAUCCCGAACCCGAUCUCCCCUUUGAUUUCCAUCGAUUCCUCGAACAACUGCGCCACCGCACCGCUGAUCCUGUCGCUAAGUUCCUCCGAUCGUUCCUGUAUGAGUUUGGUAAAAAGCAAUGGAUGGUCCACGAGCAAGUCAAGAUCAUAAGCGAUUUUCUCGAGUUUAUCAGCAAGAAGAUGGCACAAUGUGAAGUCUGGCGUACAGUAUCAGACCCCGAAUUUGACAACGCCAGAGAGGGGAUGGAGAAGCUGGUCAUGAAUAGGCUGUACUCUCAGACCUUCUCCCCUGCGAUACCGCCGCCAGAACCCAUAUUCGGAAAGGGUCGAAGGAGGGUCACACCGGGGGGCCCAGGAAGGCGGGGCCAACAUCAGGAAGAUGUUGAAAGGGAUGAAGUGUUGGCCCAAAAAAUCCGGAUCUACAGUUGGGUUUCAGAGGAACAUCUGGAUAUCAAGCCUGUGAAUGACAAGGGGAUGAAGUUCCUCAAGCUUGCGCAGCAAGAGCUCCUCAAGAUUCGGAACUACCGCGCUCCGCGCGACAAAGUCAUUUGCAUCCUCAACUGCUGCAAGGUUAUUUUUGGGUUCCUGCGAAAUGCACAGUCGGAUCAAUCAGCAGACUCGUUCGUCCCCUUACUCAUCUUCACCGUUCUUCGAGCGAAUCCGGAUCACCUUGUCUCAAAUGUGCAAUAUAUUCUCCGCUUCCGCAACCAAGACAAGCUUGGGGGUGAGGCAGGCUAUUACAUCUCGUCUUUGAUGGGUGCUAUCCAGUUCAUUGAAAACCUUGACCGCACCAGCCUCACAAUCACCGACGAGGAUUUCGAGAGGAACGUAGAAGCUGCCGUGUCUGCCAUCGCGGAGAGGAAUUCCCUGGAUGAGCAACGGCAACGACCGCAAACCCACAACCGGCAUCCAUCACCAGGCGUCCACGUAUCGGAAAAAUCAGCGCUCAGCAGACCCGAGGUAACACCAAGAAACUCCCUUGAUGCAGAACGUGUCCCUGCGAGAGCAUCUUCAUCUCGAGGUGGGUCGAGCGCAGGCAACGGGCCAGAAGGCGAGGAGGAGAACGCGGCAGUAGCGGGGCUUCUGCGCACCAUCCAGCGGCCGCUAUCCACAAUCGGCCGCAUCUUCUCGGAUGACAACAUGUCGGAGAAGCCGACAACAAGCGCCUCGCAGCAGCAACCCGUCCCCACUCCUCAGCCCGGCAACACCCCGCGCCUGACGCCCGACCACCGCAGCAUCGAGCAGCGCCAGGCAUUCAGCGCCGAGGACGCGGCUGCGAGGCAAGCCAGUGCGGAAGCUGAAGAAGCACGCAGGAUACAGCGUCAGGAGCACCGAGUCGUGGUCGAGACACUGGCGGGCAUGUUCCCAGACCUUGAUCGAGACGUCAUCGAUGACGUUGUCAGGAUGAAGGAGGGCCGAGUCGGCCUGGCUGUCGACGCUUGCUUGGCCUUGAGCAACUAA